AUGCGGCUUUCCGAUGAAAUAAUCGAGAAUGAGGUGCUUGGGACGGUGAAAUCGGAGCAACCAAUACCGGUACUCGACCCUGUCGCCGAGAAACGACUGCUUUGGAAGCUCGAUAUCCACAUCGUUCCAGUCUUGACACUCCUAUUCCUGCUUGCCUUCCUUGAUCGGAUCAAUAUCGGAAAUGCUCGACUGCAGGGUCUCGAAGAGGAUCUGAAUAUGAAAGGGCACGACUAUAAUAUCGCUCUGUUUAUCUUUUUCAUCCCGUACAUCUUGUUUGAGGUGCCUUGUAACCUCAUCCUGAAGAAAGUGGCUCCGUCAUGGUGGAUUAGUGGGUUAAUGACUGCAUGGGGAAUCGUCACUGUCUGUCAAGGAGUCACGCAAAGCUUCGGCGGAUUAGUGGCUUGCCGCUUUCUGCUGGGUGUUUUCGAAGCUGGCUUCAUGCCUGGCUGUGUCUACCUGAUUGCCAUGUACUACAAGCGAUAUGAGCUGCAGUGGCGUCUGAAUGUCUACUUCAGUGCCAGUAUCAUGGCCGGUGCGCUCCUUGCCUAUGCCAUUGCGAAUAUGGCCGGAAUCGGAGGAUACAAUGGCUGGCGAUGGAUUUUCAUCAUCGAAGGUCUUGCCACGAUCGUCGCAGCCAUCGCCUCCAAAUUCCUGAUUGUCGACUGGCCUGAGACGGCAAAAUUCCUGAGCGAAGACGAGCGAGCCCUGCUUCUUCUUCGUUUGAAAGGAGAUCGCGGUGAGGCUCGGAUGGAUCGACUGGAUGGGCCCGCGCGGAAGCGCAUCCUCGGCGAUAUCAAGAUCUGGCUCGGUCCGAUGAUGUAUUUCGGCAUCGUCAAUGGCGGAUACGCGACGUCGUUCUUCACCCCGACCAUUCUGAAGCAGCUCGGCUGGACGGCAGUGCGAGCACAGGUGAUGAGCAUCCCAAUCUAUGUCGUCGCAACGGUGGUUUCACUCUGCGUUGCUCUCGCCAGCGACAAGCUUCGCCAUCGGUUCGCUUUCACCAUCGCCGGUUGUCUGGUUGCCACGGUCGGAUUCGUGAUGCUGCUAUGCCAGGAGUCGAUUCCGCGAGGCGCGCGAUAUUUUGCCCUUUACGCCGUCACCUGUGGCGGGUAUAUGACACAGCCCAUUCUUCUGGGAUGGAUCAGCAACAACAUGGCCGGCCACUAUAAGCAAUCGGUUGCUUCUGCAAUGCAGGUUGGUAUUGGUAAUGCGGGUGGGCUGGUUGCGAGCAAUAUCUUCUUUGACUCAGAGGCUCCUCUCUACCCGACUGGCUACGGGGUUAGUUUGGGCAUGGUGUGGAUAUGUGGGCUCGCUUGCAUUAUUUGCUUUUUCUGGAUUCGUCGUGAAAAUAGGUUGCGCGAUGAGGGAAAGCGCGAUGAUCGAUAUCGACUGCCCGAGGAUGAGUUGAGCAAUCUGGGUGAUGAUCAUCCAUCUUUUAGGUACACAUCAUGA